ACGACCUAUCACUUCCCCAAAAAUCCUAUGUGGCAAGACCAGUACGGCGCUUCGUCGUCGCAAGGCCCAUACUACGGCGGCCAGCCUCACGGCGCGCCACUCCAAUUUUAUACUCCUGCCCCCGGCCAAGGCGAUCCCAACGCGUAUUACUCGGGCACACGCUCGAAUUUAGACGGAAAUGUUGGAGCUCAGGGAACUAUUGGAGGCGACAGGCCUGCCGGGUUUGAGGGAAAUAUUCAGCCGUCAGGAGGCUGGUGGACUGCAUUUGGGACGGGUGGUUUUGAGGGGGAGCCGCCAUUACUAGAAGAGCUGGGAAUAAACUUUUCGCAUAUCCGUACAAAAUCACUGACGGUGCUCAACCCGCUGAGCAGCGUCAACGAGCACAUAAUGGAUGAUGCUGAUCUGGCUGGCCCUGUCUGUGUCUGUUUCUGUUUUGCACUUUGUCUACUGCUCUCCGGAAAAUCCAACUUUGGAUAUGUCUAUGGCGUUGGCUUGCUCGGGUCACUGUCAAUAUACACACUCCUCAAUCUCAUGUCCGAGCAAGGCAUUGACGCCUAUCGCGUUGCCUCCGUCCUUGGCUAUUGUCUUCUACCUCUGGUUGGCAUUGGUGUUUAUAGCGUCAUGUUACCACUCGAUGACGUGUUCGGCUACGUUCUCUCUCUUCUCUCCAUCCUUUGGUGCACCUACUCGGCAUCUGGAAUAUUCGUCGCCGUCUUGCGCAUGUCCGACCAGCGUCUCCUCGUUGCCUAUCCCAUUGGCUUACUCUAUGGUUGCUUUGCUCUGUUGAGUAUCUUCCGAGGGCCUGUCACAGGCAAAUAG